AACAACACCAGGAGCUCCGAGGUUCACAGAAGGGUCAACUGGACUGGACUGCAGCAGCAGGGCUCAGUGACUGACCGACUGACGGACCGACUACACGAACGCUCCUUGUCCUCUGCGCUUAGCGCAGUGCGCUAGCCUUGUUCUGUGCGCCGCCUCCCUCCGUCGGUCUCUCGAGUUAAAUCGCACUAUUUCCUUCCCUCCACUUUCUCCGGACUGUCCCUCCCUCUCCCGCCGGGGCUGCACGGAAUCUCAAAUCCACCAUCUCUGCGUUUCUCUUAGUCCUCGUUGCUGCGCCGGGACAUCCAGUUUCAACUCGCGCUCUCUGUGCUGCUGCAGCAAGAGAGAGAGAGAGAGAGAGAGAGAGAGAGAGGGGGGUUCUUCAUCCUCCUCUCGUUGUCGGCCUCUGGCCCCUUAAGCGUACCCACUCUCCCUCACACUCUACUCUCUUCUCUUCUCUUCUUUUGAGAUCGAUCCAGGGGAAGCCAUUUCUCAGCCACGCCAUCGGAGCCAGACUUAAGAAGCCAAUCCCAGCCCCGAACCAAGAGCCUGCGCUUGUGAGUCGUGACGGACAUGGCAAUCCAUCUCAUGGGCCGACGGCUCUCUCUGUAGACGAGCCAGUGGGCAGGGUUAGAGCCUCCGACGAGAGGCAGAGUGGCGGAGAAUUAGGUUUGUGAGGUGAUGGUUAAAACUCCUCCAGUUGCACUCUCUGCCUGCUGCGGUGCGGGCUCUAGAGUGUGAGUUGACGAAGACGAAGGGGCGGUAAUAGAAACCCUCAUGAGCGAGCCAGCUUGCUCGCUGGCUUGCUAGCUUCCCGUAGCUGAACGGAUCGAAGCUAGGAAUACGUAACAUACGAGAUAAAUAAUUCGCGGGUGUCGGGUGGGAAAUGGAUCGGAGUGGGCACGUUGAGUAUCGGCUUGCGUGUGCGAGUGGAUCCGGAUUGACUGGCAAUGUGCUCGGUCUGUGAGGAGGUCGAAAUCCAAAUGAGUGAUGCGGCGGUGCCCGAAUCUUCCUGAGGGAGUCGGCUCGCUUUGUGGUGUCAAUCUUGGAGAUCGGAGACCUCCUGUUAGGCUUUUCCGGGUGGGAACCACGAUAUGGCAGAGACUGAUGAGAGCCCCAGAGACAAGGAUGAAGAGGAACAUGAAGAAGGAGAAAUCUCCGAUGAAGAGCCCCCCGCCUCUCCAUCCGAAGAGCCGGAGACUGAGAAGGUCGGAGAUGGAGGAGAGGGUGUGGAGGAGCCUGAGGAGGUGAGGGAGGAACCUGACAACUCCAAAGAAGUUCCUUUGUUGCAUAGGCGAGUUAGUCUCGAUGAUUUGGUGAGGAUAGGGGAGCAAAACGCAGAAAAUCGAAAGCGAUUGGAUUUCUAUAGACACGAUACCAGAGGCGAAGGAGGCCUCGAUGAAGAUGGGCACGAAAGAAAAGCUUGGGUAGACGACAAAGCGGCCUGGCGGAGGGAUGGCUCUUCGUUCACACCCAAUGGUGCCUAUGGUUCAAAUUUGUACAAUUUUGCCUGGGCUCAGGCCGUUUCGGGCCGCCCAAGUUUUCCCACCUCUGGCUCUCCAAAGGAUGACAGAACGUCUGGAUCAUCGCCAGGGUUCGGAGAAUGGGCUCCUGAGAAUGUGGCUCGAGAUUAUAGUCGUGAGAUGGAGAUGUACAGAAGAGGAAGUGGUAGAUCUUCUGAGGAGCGUGACGACUUGUCACCCAUUGACAACGGGAGAACGAUGAAUACCGGGCGAUUGGGGCGGAUGCGCAGUGUUGAGAAAGAAACAUGGGCCGCGUCUGAGAGGCGAUUAACUAAAGGCAGAAUUGGAAGAGUGGAAAGGGAGGAGGAAGAAGAUUCAAGAGAGUUCGAGGAGGAAGAUCGGAGAAAACGAUCAGAGUCUGGAAGUCCCAGUGGGAAGCUCGAUGAACUAACAGAGAGUAGUAGAAGUUCACCUGAAACGACUAUGCCCAUUCCAGGCCACGAGAAUGAUGGUGAUGAUCGUGAAGAAGGAGAAUUGGAAGAAGGGGAAAUUGAACUGCCCCUUGACGUCUUUAGUGCUUCUAAGGAGACACCUGAUCAUAGUCGCCACAGUAGUAAGCUGGACACUGAACAUUUGACUCAUCGAUCUCUCAAGGACAAGUAUUCAGGAAAGUUGGAUUCAAGAUCCCUCCCUAAACCAUAUUCUAGAUCGCAAAAUGACGACUAUUCCCGGAGAAGCCGACAGUCUAAAUCGGAGGAAUAUGAGAGAGAAAGACGCUUCACAUCUGCAGCUAAUCUGGUGAAAAAUGUGACCGUGAAAGAUGCUCAAAAGUCCUUCAUCGACGUGUGCGAAAGACUUCAUAAGGCUUUGAGGUUACUAGAUGAGCUCCACAGCCCCAGACCAGCUGCACAGCAGGACGGACGACUGGAUCCACCCGCUCGAGAAGUCACCGCCCUUGCUAGGCAGGCAUUUGCUGGAAUUAGAGCAGUGUACGCUGUGCGUAAUACAGCCAGCGGGAGAGAGCAAGAGCGCGACAAGAAUAUGUUUCCGAGGUUAUUGGAGCUCGCCAAUGGCUACUGCCAGAAACUCUUUACCUCCAAACAAACGCGCGAGCUUGAAGUCAUGAUGCAAACCAUGGCAAGCUCUGGCCGUUUUGCCAGAGAUUCUGUUGAGAAAAGCCAGUAUCCCCGGGAUCAACCAUUUCUGACUGUGACGAAAAAAAACAAGGAGAAGGAUGGGAAGCAACGCGAAACCCUUGUGACAAGUUUCCCCACUACUAGACAGCAGAACAUUUCUGAAUCGAAAGAGACAAAUGUUUCAGGGCGAAUACUCGGUUUUGUGGACGCUAAACAAGCUGAAGAAGCUGCUGCUAUUGCUGCUGCAGCCCUUGCCUACGCUCAAAGCUCAGCUGCAGCCCGCUCUAAUUCCAUGUUUGGCAGCACACUUACCAAUCGCUCUGGUGGAUCAUCUGUUCCUGGCGCAGCCGGAUGGGGAUGGUUCCCUGAAAAUGGUUCUCACUUCUUAGAUCCAGCUACCAAUUCUGCUCACGCAGACAGCGUUUAUACUUCCUCUGGGCCGAGGUACCAGCAGUGGAGUGAAGGUGAUCAUCGGCCAGCCAAACCGUUCCAGGAUAUUGGCAUCCUUGAGACCUCAUUAGAGGGCAGGACACAGCGGGUCACCAGACCUCUUGUCUCCUCGGUUCAAGAUGGUCUGAACUUGCCGCCAGGCUUUCCAAAACAUGGAAAUUCUUAUGGUAUGUUAGAGGAGGAUUGGGAAGAGUUGAGUCCUCCAGGAGCUGGCACGUCAAGCUACGCAGCUGUAGCUGCGGGGUUAGCGCAGCAGGCGGCUGUUGAAGAUGAGGUGACUCCAGGCAAAACAUGGCCUGGAUCAUUGCCUUCUUAUCCAAAGAACGUCGGGAUGAGUACUUUGUAUUCUAGAGAUCGUCUUCCAAGUCCGACUCCAGACGACGAAAAUGAAGACGAUCCUGUUGUCUUGAGGCAACCCUUCAAGGAUGUUUCAAGCGUUUCCUCCAUUACCGAAAGCUUUAAGCCUGGUAGUCAUCCACCUUCGGGAAUUGGGAAGCUUGCUUUUGCCAACUCAUUGCCGGGCUUAGAUCCCAAUUUGAUCCGUAGUCAUAGCCUCGAUUCGUCACUGACCAAAGGUCCCAAAAUGGAGAGACCUAUGUUGUCAGAAUUUACGAUGCUGCCCUCACCAACUAGGUCCUCAGACCCAGUCGAGCCUGUUAUUAGCUUGACAUAUACUCUCCAAGGUAAAGGACAUCUCAAAAGUAGAGAUCCAAGGAGACGGAUGCAACAUUCCUCUCUUGAUUAUGACCGGGAAGUAGGCAGUCGCGUGAAUUUUGACGAGAAACCUAUCGAAGAAGAGGUUUCAGUGGGUAGAAUUGAUAUGAAGAGGAAGCGACAUAUAACAGACGCAGAUGAAACUGAUGGAAAAGAAAAGCGACAAAAAUUCCGCGCGGAGAGCGAUAAGCCUCGGGAGUUCGAGCAAGAUAAUGCGCAUGGCACUGGAGGCUGGUUAGAUGAUAACCUGGUUGCUACUUUUCCACUAGCAGAAGAAGGUCCAAUUGCAAUGGAGGUGGAUGAAGAGUUUGCUCCUGCAGGGUUGCAAGACAGCAAGGGGUUUACUGUAGGCGGUGAUGCGAAUGGGGACGAAAGGUCCCAACAGGACCUUUCUAACGGCCUCGACCAUAACAAGAAGCAGAAAAGCGAUUUAGGCCAACAAGCUGGGGAUCUUAGUCAGAGAAGAAUGAAGCCCAGAGAUCCUCGACGACUGCUUCUUGAGAAUAAUGUGGAACGUGAUGUCCCUGUCGGUGGAGGUGAUGUUGUGUCCACUGCAGAUUUGAACAAAGGCACCGAAGUUGGUUUGCCUCAAAACCAGCAACCCGCAAGAGUCACAACGGACGACCAAGCUUCGAACGUCUGGAAUAACAGGGAGAACGGAUCAACAUCGCUGCAAGUUACAACCCUGCCGAACAUUGCGCCUCAUUUUAUGGAGAAGCUGACGAGCCUGGCUGGAAUGGUUGGUACGGGUUCCACGGUCGCUGCGUCCGCAGCCCAGAUCAAGUCACCACAUCAGUCUGUAGGAUUUCAAGUUGCCCCAGCAACCGGGAGUUCUGAUUUGAGUGGUGGGAAAAGCUCUGUGGAAGCUCUAGCGUUGGACUCAAUACUACGUCCUGACGCGUCCGGGGCUGGCCUCCUAAAAGCCUCUGACCCUCAAUUGCAGAAGGCAUCAAAUCUUGAAGUAGGACCGCGCAAACCCAAAGGAACCCCUGGUCAGUGGGGUGCAAGUCAAGUCCAUCCUGGUCUGGAAAAGCUGCUGGAAGACUUGUCCGAGAGUGAGCGUCGUGCAGUUCAACAAGAGCGAGAAAGGAGGAUGGAAGAGCAAGAUCGAAUGUUCAGUGCAGGAAAAUUGUGUCUUGUUUUGGACCUCGAUCACACUUUGUUGAACUCUGCGAAGUUUUCAGAGAUAGAACCAGAGUGGGAACAUCGGCUUCGCAUCGCCGAAGCUGCCGAACGCAGUAGGACAAACAGAGAGUCUUUGGAAAGACGCGAGCUUUACCGUUUUCCUCACAUGAGUAUGUGGACAAAGCUGCGUCCUGGCAUCUGGAAGUUUCUUGCAAGAGCAAGUCAGCUGUUUGAGCUUCAUGUUUACACAAUGGGGAACAAGGUGUAUGCUACGGAAAUGGCCAAGCUUUUGGAUCCAUCUGGCGCGUUGUUCGAAGGAAGGGUGAUUUCAAAAGGCGACGAUGGUGAUGGGGAUGACAUGCUACCAAAAAGCAAGGAUCUCGAUGGAGUUUUGGGAAUGGAGUCGGCUGUCAUAAUUAUUGAUGAUUCAGCUCGAGUUUGGCCUCAUCACAGUCAAAAUCUAAUCGUUGUCGAGCGGUAUAUGUACUUUCCUUGCAGCAGGCGCCAGUUUGGCUUGGGGGGCCCAUCACUUUUGGAGGUGGGACAUGACGAGAGGGAAGCAGACGGCAUGAUAGCUUCGGUUUUAUCGGUUGUGGACAGAAUUCAUAAGAGCUUCUUUGAAAAUCAACGACUAAGGGAAGUAGAUGUGCGGGACAUUCUUGCAUCCGAACAACGCCAGGUCUUAGCUGGGUGCAAGGUGGUAUUUAGUCGCAUUUUUCCUGUCGGUGAAGCUCAACCUCAUCUCCACCCUCUGUGGCGUACAGCUGAACAAUUUGGGGCCAUUUGUACCACUAAAAUUGAUGAUGAGGUCACUCACGUAGUGGCAAUUUCGCCUGGCACUGAUAAGGUGAACUGGGCUCUGUCUACUGGACGUCAUGUUGUCAGACCAGCAUGGCUCGAGGCCUCAACCAUUUUAUAUCGACGAGCGAAUGAACGGGAUUUUUUCAUACCUACGCAGUGACAUUUCCUACUCAAAUUCACAUCAUAAGAAGUGUGACAGAUACCACAUGUUUUUCUUCCCAUAUAUACACAACCCGUUCUGCCCCGUAUUAGAUCCCUCCUCAAUACCUACAGCUGCGAGUGUACCCAAAGGUAAGUUGAUGGUGACUCAGUGUGAAUGCGCUUGUUUAUGUGGAAGAUGGGGACAGCUUUGAGCGCACAUAUGUUCGAAGUCUGCGGGCUGUAUCACAAGGGUAACGUGUUCAGAUGUGAGCCCUGUACUGAAGCUGUGAUCAGAUCAUCGUAAGUCCACAGAGGAUGUUGCAGUCCGAAAGGCCACACGAAGCGAACAGAUGUGCAGGCUCUUUGCUUCAUGGUCUUCUGCACGGAAGGUGGACUUGUUUUGUACAUGUAACCUGUUCUGCUAAUCCCGUACAACCAAAUCUGACCGUAGCGCGAAGAAACGCGCACAAGAUGUUUUGUCACAAUGUUCACUCCACUUCCUGAGACCCUUGAGAUCUUCACUAAUUUACAAGGCUAUCCUUUGGUAGAGUCGUGUUAAAUUAGUGUAUCCAACCAGGUCACACGGGAAGUAAAAGGGACAAGCACCGUGACCAAGGCCCAACCUUCUAACUUGUUCUCAUCGGCCUUCGAGAGUGCUACGCAACCAGUAAAAUGAAGGCCAAAAUCUCCGUAUCUUCUAAUAUUAUCCGUAAAUCCGAAGGUGACGGUGCAUCGAACCCCUUUCUUUGUCAAGUGCUACUGGGAAAAUAUCCAAAAGAACGUAGCAACUAACGAACCUGCUCUCACACCUUGUGCGAGACAAGUAGAAGACACUCGCCUUAAUCAUUAGGAGUCGACAACCCUUGAUCUGGGAUCAUUAGCCACAUUCUGAGAAGUAAGCUCACGCCCGGAUGUGGCCCACACAUAUCCGUUAAUUGUGUGAAGUUCCGACUCUGAUGUCAGCACCGAUAUGUAGGCCAAAACGCAACUCAGACGUAAUGAGGAAGACUGAGGAUAAGGUGAAAUCCCAGCUGACUCUGGCAGACCUGUUAGUCUAUGAGCACAUUAUAGACUGGAGACGAGUGUAACCAUAUUUGCAUUUAACGGAAGCUAGCAGAUUUAUAAUUACGUGGUGAAGACCCACAGCGCAGACAAAAGGUGGUCAAAGUUUUGCCAAAUCUUGAC